AUGCUUUCCCAAGCCCCGCAUCAGCAGCAGCCCAGCACAUCGGCCGCUGAGCUGCCCUCACCGAGCUUCUUACGUCAGAAUGUGAAAACGGAGCGGCAAAAGGAGAAGCUUGCGCAACUGGUGGCCGAGAUGCAGAUGCUCCGCGAAUUCUUUGGCGGAGGAGAUUUACGCGAAUUUACGGACGAUGACUGGGAGGCGCUGCUGGAGAUGCGAUAUUCAAAUGAACGCGCCGACUAUCUUUUAUCGAUGAGAAGCGUGGAAAAAGAAGAGACGCAAGCGGAAAUGGAGAAAGAGGAUGAAAAGAUUUCCGUCCUGAAUCAACGAAAAUACGACGCCGGGGAGAUGGUGUACGCCCGGCAUUUCAACGAGUACAUCGAGCUGUAUGGGCAGGAUUUUAGAAAUUUCAUCGAAAACACGCACGGAGCGCGGAUAUUAUCGCGAGAACGACUCGACGAGGCGAUACAACUUUUGGUGGACUGCCGAUACGUACCAAGAUAUCCGCUCCGGAUGCAGAGACGCUUGAUUGAGAAUUUCCAAACGCUCUACGAAAAGAACUGGGCAAGCCGGGAGCCGUUUCGGAUCAGUUUCGCCAAUUUCCGGCCGGAUCAGCAGUGCGCGGCUUUGAUGAAAAGGUACCUCCUCUUCCUCUACGGCCCGAAACGACUGCAAACCGAGGAAAGUGGCCCCUUCCAGCAGUCCCUAUUCGCCCCCAGUGUCUCCCCGCAGGAAUUGAGCCAUUUUGCGAAUUGUCGAGAUCCGGAAGAAACGCUCUACGUCAGCUGGCGAGCCGUCCGUUUUCUGCCCGUUCGGCCGCCGAUGAAUUUGAAGAAUAUUAUAAUCUGCGCUAGUGACGACCGGGAUCUCGUGGCAAGCUCGGCAUCGGCCGCCGCAGCCGAUCGUAUUAUCCCGUACCGCAUUCCGUUCGAGCGCUAUGCACCUCACUACGGCCACCUGGGGACCAAGCUGACGCUUCCGCUACACGCCAUCGCCGGCAUUAUGGGCGACUGGGUCCGCACCGGGGACUGGACGACCGCAAUUGCUGACCACGUGGGCCCGCGGCGAGUCCUGACGCCAGACGAGAUGGCCAAAAGGGACGACGGGCUGAAGCGGGAAGAGUUCUUCAAGCUGGCGAUGAAGGAUUUCGAGGUGAGCCGGCGGCAAGACGAGGUCGAUCGCCGGAAUGUUGCCACAAGGGCCAUGCCGUUGGAGGGAGGAACACAGAUGCGGCAUUGGAGAGCCAAUAGCGAAGAAGCCGACGGAAAGACAAAACGCAAGCACCGGUACACGCGCGAGGAGCGGAACGCCCGAAGAGCGGCCAAAGCGGCGGCCGGCAAC